AUGAGUGGUUCUAUUGUGAUACGCGAUCUGGAGACACGCGACUUGGGAGAGGUGCUAGCAUUGCUUAGUCACCUAACAUCCACCCCUGUGCUUUCGCAAGAAGAGCUGGAGCAAGUGCACGCUCGACGCGUGCUUGCAGGGGUGCGCACAAGGGUUGCGGUUGACUCCACGACGCAGCAGAUUCUAGGAACCGCCUCCCUGAUUGUGGAGCCGAAGUUCACUCGCGGUGGAAAGUGCGUCGGCCACGUGGAGGAUGUGGUCACACACCCUGACCGUCGUGAUCAGGGCAUUGGCCGCAAAUUGCUCAGCAACUUAGUGGAGAUAGCGGUAGCGAGCAAUUGUUACAAAGUGAUCCUGGAUUGCACGGAUGACAUGGUGGCCUAUUACUGCAAAGCUGGCUUUAGAAAGUGCGAAAACCAGAUGCGUCUAAACAUCGACUCCCAAUGA